AUGGCCACCAACGGGACCAAAGCCUCGGACGGACACGUCUUAACGGAGACCGUGAAUGACGCGCCCACUACCACGCCAAACGACAAACCCAAAACCUUGGUGGUGAAAGUGCAGAAGACGAAAAAUGAGUUACCCGAAAGAGAAACGUGGGGAGGGAGAUUUGACUUUCUUCUCUCUUGUGUCGGAUACGCAAUCGGACUCGGGAAUGUCUGGAGAUUUCCUUAUUUAUGUGGAAAAAACGGAGGAGGGGCCUUCUUGAUUCCCUACUUUUUGACCCUCAUAUUUGCUGGGAUGCCCCUCUUCUUUCUGGAGACGGCUCUUGGUCAGUACACUUCUAUUGGAGGACUUGGAGUGUGGAAGCUGGCCCCCAUUUUCAAAGGUGUGGGAAUAGCUGCUGCUGUUCUGUCCUUCUGGUUAAAUAUCUAUUACAUUGUAAUCAUUUCCUGGGCUAUUUACUAUCUGUACAACUCCUUCACUACUGAGCUACCAUGGCAGAGUUGUGGCAAUCCCUGGAACACAGAUCGCUGUUACACCAACUACAGCAUCCCAGACACCAGAAACCUCACCAGCGCUGUGCAGGAGUUCUGGGAACGUAACAUGCACCAGAUGACCGAUGGUCUGGAGAAGCCUGGGGAGGUCAGGAUCCCACUGGCUAUCACACUCGCCAUUGCAUGGGUGCUGGUCUAUUUCUGUAUCUGGAAGGGGGUCAGCUGGACUGGCAAAGUGGUGUACUUUUCAGCCACAUACCCUUACUUUAUGCUGUUCAUCCUGUUUUGCCGUGGCAUUUCUCUACCCGGUGCAAUUGAUGGAAUUCUCUUCUAUAUCACACCAGACUUUGAAAAACUGAAGCAGUCUGAGGUGUGGCUGGAUGCUGCCACUCAGAUCUUCUUUUCAUAUGGGCUUGGGUUAGGCUCUCUGAUUGCUCUUGGCAGCUACAAUCCAUUCAAAAACAACGUAUACAGAGAUUCUGUCAUUGUCUGCUGCAUCAACUCCUUCACCAGCAUGUUCGCUGGCUUUGUCAUCUUCUCCAUCGUGGGAUUCAUGGCCAAUGUAACAAAGAGACCUAUCGCUGAUGUGGCAGCCUCAGGACCUGGCCUGGCAUUUCUGGCUUAUCCUGAGGCUGUGACCCAGCUGCCCAUCUCUCCUCUCUGGGCAAUACUCUUUUUCUCCAUGCUGCUGAUGCUGGGAAUUGACAGUCAGUUCUGCACAGUGGAAGGCUUCAUCACUGCACUGGUUGACGAAUUCCCUCACGUUCUCCGAAAACGCAGAGAGAUCUUCAUCGCGGUCGUCUGCCUUAUUUCUUACAUCAUUGGACUGUCCAACAUAACACAGGGUGGACUUUAUGUGUUCAAGCUAUUUGACUACUACUCAGCUAGUGGAAUGUGCCUGCUCUUCCUGGUCUUCUUUGAGUGCAUCUCAAUUUCAUGGUUUUAUGGUGUGGACAAGUUCUACGACAACAUUGAGGAAAUGAUCGGCUACAGGCCCUCUCUGUGGUGGAAGGCCUGCUGGGUUGUGUUCACUCCACUUAUUGUGGCUGGUGUCUUCUUGUUUAGUGCAGUGCAGAUGGUUCCCCUCACCAUGGGUGACUACGUGUUUCCAGCCUGGGGCCAGGGAGUUGGGUGGUGCAUGGCCCUCUCCUCCAUGACUCUCAUCCCUGGCUACAUGGGCUACAUGUUCCUCACACUCAAAGGCACAUACAAAGAGCGUCUGCGGAUAAUGUUCAAGCCUGUGACACUGGUGAAGGCUCAGGAAAACGGCCCAGACCAGCAAACAGAAAACCAGAAUCAGAACCCUGCCAACGAGGAAGCCUACAUCUAG